GUACCCAACCUUAAACUCUUAUUGUUUGCUGAUCACAGAAUGUCAGCUCAUUUGGAUCAGUACAUUCACUGGCUCAAAGAAAAUGGCGCCACUUAUGAGAAGCUCGAUUUCAAAGCCGACGCAGAAGGCAUAGGCAGUGUCUAUGCAACCACAAAAGUCAAUAAUGGUGAAUGCUUGGCAACACUUCCAUUUCGAUUGGCCAUCACUGAAAAAGUUGCACGAAACGCGCUCCCUACUUUGAAUCAACACUCGAGUCGCAACGUUGUGGCGCUCUUUCUCGCCCAGCAAAAGAAGCUCGCUGACAAGUCUUUUUACGCACCGUAUUUGAACAUGUUACCAGAGAAAAUAAUGACCGGCUUAUGUUUUGAAGAAAAUGAUAUGCGGUAUCUUGAGAACACAAACCUGUUUCUUGCAAUUGAAGGAAGAAAACAGAAUGUAUUCAAUGAUUUCCAGCGAUUGAUAGGGGAUUCGCCUGAAAGCAAAGACGUUACAUGGGCUGAAUUUUUGUGGGGAUACACCGUCUUAUCGUCCAGAUCGUUUCCAUACUCCUUGAUCGAUCCGGGUUAUGACGGGCCUUCGGAAGUUCUGUUUCCAUUGUUGGACGCUUUGAACCACAAACCGAAUACACAGAUUACAUGGAUGCGCAAUGGGGACGUAGAGAACGGAUCGUUAUCUUUUGUCAUUGGGCAUGAUGUCGCGCCAGGCGAACAGCUAUUCAAUAAUUACGGCCCAAAGUCAAACGAAGAAUUACUGCUCGGUUACGGCUUUUGCUUUGAGGAUAACGAGUACGAUCAUGUUGCCCUCAAGCCAAAUAUAUCUAUGGAUCCCAACGCACAAGCAAAGAUGGAUAUUAUCCGACAAGCAAACGUGGCAUCUUUUUCUGAAGACGAUCCAUUGCUCAACUAUAUCCACCAAAAUAGCAUCCCUGCAUCAUUUUACAAGCUUAUGCGAAUUAUGGUUAUGAACGAGCUAGAGCUUUCGUGCUACCAAAACUGUACCGAUGCAGCCCAGCUAGACUUUGUAGGAUAUCGCAAUGAAAUUGCUAUGCUCAAUACGAUCAAUGCACUACUUCAAACGCGGCUGAGAGCGAUUCGAAACUUCACAAUCGAUUGCAAGAAUAUUACACAGUGGCAAAGAUAUGCCCUUAUGUACCGCAAAGGCCAAGAAGCAGUGCUGACCAGCGUAUUAGCGAAAAUUGAUGAGGAAAAAUCUAGUGUGCUAAGGCGAAUGGCAGUAGUCAGCGAACCAGCCCCGGCUGCACCGUUUCUUGACAUAGUUAAUCCCGGAUAUUUCAUGCAUGAAACGAAACAAGCCGAAUCCAACACUGUUGUCAUGCUUGAUUCUGUUGUCAUCACGCUGAACCAUCUUUUACAACGAAACCCUCAGUUUAAGAUGGCGAUCGGCCAGCUGUUUGAAGAUAUCGAAGAAGAACGGGACGUUGUCAUGAUGUUAGCCUUGAUCCAGGAAAGAUCAAAAGGCGAGAAUAGCAAGUGGCAUACAUUCUUUAAUCGAACAGAGAAUAUUACCAAGCCAGACACCGAAGCUGUGGAGGACCUGCAAGAAUUGUAUGAUUCGCUCUUUCCUGCGUUUACCGACGCAUUUCCCGAUAUUUUUCGGGAUGCUAUUUUCUCUUUCGAUGCCCUGUUAUGGGCCGAAGACAUCUUGAACAACUAUUCUUUACAUAAUCCCAUGGUCAUUGUGCCAAUUUAAAUGCCGUCACACACCACUAGCAUAGCUAUAAACAUGUAAAUAAUAGCUGUAUUGUCACAGUGCAUAAAAAGUACUUGUAGUCGUUGCUGCAUUCUCAUAUGUAAAUUAUCAGCUAGUGUUACGCAAUAAUUUGACCGACACCGCCCGAGACAGGUCCAUCGGGGUUGUCUUUUUUUGGAUACACUCUGGUCUUCAAUGUUUGCUGCUUAACCCUAAACGCGCCCUCUACCACUAGAACCAUCAGGGCGUUCGUAUCACAUCCACUAUAUUUAAACGACUCUGAUAAUGCAUCUAUCAAGCUAAG